GUAUUUCACAACACCCUUAUAUUUUUUUUAAAUUGAACGAAUCGUUGCUACUUUUGACGCGUAGUAAAUGAAAAUCAUCAACAUUUAAACUGAGAUGGCAAGAAGAAAUCCGAGGUUCAAAGUAAAACGUAGCAAUUCUAGUAAAAGUUCAACAAGCCUGGGUAUUUCAUGGCUUUUAUGACACACCAACCCCUCUAAAGCAUUGAAAAUAGAAGUGUUUUGAUUGGAACUGUAAUGAUCAUGUUACCUAUAAUGUUGUGCUUUUCUGGGAUCUGUCGUAAGGGCUUGAGAGGUCGUGGAACACAUGGACUAUGAAAAACGCUAUUUAAUUGGGUGGAAGAAAUGGAACGUUCCACUCUUUUACCUGACCCCAGAACAUCCAUUUCGUAAUCGCUUAUGCCAAUUCAAGCGACAGGGUUGAAUGGGUUUCGAAUGUCGGUAACUUACAACGAGAUUUUUAAAUUCUUCCACAACGAUGAUCACUUGUGAGAGGGGCGAAGAACAAACAGCGAAAUGGGCGCUUAACAAAGCGAAUGUACUCCACUGUUUCACGCAUCGCAAAAAGUCUCUUAUAUCUUUAGGCGUGUUCAUUAUUGUAGUGAAUUGCCUUUUAAUAUCUGAAAAUUAUCCUUCCUUUUCACUGGUGGUACCAAAGGGCAGCAACCAUCACGUAUACUACUUUGACCAAAAUCAUUACGUGAAUAAAUCGGAGAAGCGCAUUUUACUUUGGACUCGAUAUUUUUAUGACGCCAAUUGGGAGCGGUCUGUGAAGCGGGUUCUGAAUGCUCCAUGUUCUCACAAAUGUUCCGUCACUACAGAUAAGAGCACCAUAAGAGAAGCUGACGCCAUAGUUUUUCAUUUGUUAGACUUAUACAUUUGGGAGAGGCCACCACAAUAUCGAGCGCCUCACCAAGUUUGGGUGUUACAUAACAACGAACCACCUCCACAUCAGUAUUAUACAGGAAGAAGUCUCGUUUAUUCUCGAUUCGCUUUUAAUUGGACGUUAUCUUAUAGACGAGAUUCAACGAUUCGUUGCCCGUACGGGCGAUCUUGGAGAAAAGCGAAGACAGCCGAGGAGAAACCUCGCUAUGAAAAUUUUGCAGAAGGUAAAACCAAAAUGACGUAUGGCGUGAUCAGUAAUUGUGUGGAUGAUGCUGGAAGAUAUUCGUAUGUGAAGAGGUUAAGAGAGCAUACGCCACUGGAUCUUUACGGAAGAUGUGGGAAUCUUACCUGUCCAAGGAACGGAAGUUGUGAAGCUUUAUUGAAACCUUAUAGGUUCGCGGUUACUUUUGAAAACAGUAAUUGUAAGUAUUACACUUCAGAAAAGUUCUGGAAUGCUCUCAAUAGACGAAAUAUUCCAUUGGUGAAUUGGAUACCAGAACAGGUUCCAUUCGAUGCUCCUCCCAAGUCUUACAUUAAUGUUCAUGAAUAUCAAAUGGAAGAUUUGGCAAAACUUUUAAAACGUCUAGCUAACAACGAUACCGAGUAUAACAGUUAUUUUGAAUGGAGAAAAAACUACACUGUUAUUGCAGAUCAUUUUGCAGGAUUCUGUGAUAUGUGCAAAGCUUUACACAACGAUUCAGUCCCGGCUCAAGUUGUAGAUUACAAAAGCUGGUUAGCAGACGAUACUUGCCAAGGCUGGACGCUUACAAGCAUUAUCACCAGAAGAAUAAAGAAUUAUUUCGUCUGAUGAGAGGAGCUUCAUUCCAUAAUUAUAUAGAAACACUGAACGAUAAUUCAAUGUAGUACGGGGAACAAAGAGGAUGUGUUGUGCAAUAUGCGGGAUUGAAGAGGUGUAAGGAAUCUGUUCUUGCAAUGCAGAAAUGUGUUUGCUUACGUGAUAUGAUACAUGAUAGUCCAAUUCGUGAUUCUCCAAACAAAUACAGGUGCUUUAAUAAUAAUCACGUGACAGAUCUUUCAUUUCAGGCUGUGUGAGGGCAUGUUGUAGGAAUGAAUGGAAGGAAGAAUUUGAGUGUGAUUCAAGCACGUGUCAAAAUUAUUUGUAAAACGGGCCGAGUGCUACAAGAGAAUGUUGUCAACACGUUUUGUGUGUGAUUCAAGCGUGAGUCGAAGUUAUUUGUUGUGAAAAAGAUCGAGUGAAAUCAUUCUGACAAGAGCAAUUGUACUCUCCAUAAUAAAUGAAAAUUUGUAUUUUGA